AUGCUGCGCCUGGCGCAGGGGGUGGGGUCCUUAGCUCUGCAGUAUGCCCUGCCGCGCGCCGCGGAGGCGCUACCCGCUGUGGCGGCGGCGGCGGCACGGGCGGUCAGCGGGCGAGGGUUCAGCCGCUAUAGGACAGCCAGCGGCUCGAUGCUAGAUGAGCCUGCCAUGAGCGCGCCCAAGCAGGGCUCCACAGUGGUGCUGGUCAGCGGCGGCAUCGAGUCUGCGGCGCUGCUGGCCUACUGGAAGCACUGGGACCACGCCCAGCACCUGCUGCCGCUGUUUAUCGACUAUGGGCAGAAGAACGUGCGACAGGAGGAGGCGGCGCAGCAGGCCAUGUGCCGCCACUUGGGGCUCGAUUUCAAUGCCAUCAACGCUUCCAUGGUGGCGCAUCAGCUGAACAUGGCCACGGUGGGUGCAGGACGGCGGUACCACGACCCCCUGCCCCACCGCAACCUGCUGCUGCUGUCGCUGGCGGCCAGCUUUGCGGCGGACUCUGGUGCGGCCAACAUCGCCAUCUGCCUGAACAAGGAUGACCUGGGGGUCUACUCCUCCGCCUCCCUGCCCUUCCUGCACCACAUCGAGAGCCUGUACGAGACCCUGGAGCCGCCCAUCCAGCUGCUGAUGCCGCUGCUGGCGCUGCGCAAGCACCAAGUGAUUACCAUGGGCCACCAGGUGGCGGCGCCCUGGCACCUCACCUACUCGUGCGCAGAGGGCGGCGCCGCGCCAUGCGGCGCGUGCGAGCCCUGCAGGGGCCGCGCCGCCGCGUUUGCGGCGGCGGGGGUGGAGGAUGGGCUGCUCAGCCACCACAGCGCGGCCCAGGCGUGA